AUGGCAGCCAUGCCCUCCAGAGACCCACUCAUGGCCACCCACAACUGCCACCGACUCAGCCUGGGCUCCACUUCCAGUAACAGCUCCUGCCAAAGUGCCCAGUGCCCUGGGAAAGCCAUCCCUCACCACCCCGGUCUCUCCAAAGCCUACCCGGGACACUGGUGGGCUAGCAUCUUUUUCUGGAAGUCUAAUCUCCUGUUCAUGGCCACAGUGCUGGAGUCCUCAGAGCACUUGGAAUCUGCCCAGGCCUCCACCAGCAUGAUCACCUGCCACCUGGCUCAGGAAGCUGUGGGGAAGCAGCAGCCUGGCGGCCAGCCUGGCAAAACCAACUGCAGACCUCCAUCCUGA